CUGUUAUAUUUUUAUUAAAUUUGGUCUCAUUAUUUGGAGUAAAUCUACGUCAAACAGAACCUUACUUAUCUUUAGAAUUACACACCUACUACUAGAAGACACAAGAGAGAGCUAUAAGCAAAAAAGCAAAGAUAGAUAAAUAGAGAAAUCUCAUCCCCUCAGAGAAAGAGACUCAACUCAACUCAACCAUGGGAACACCAGAAACAUCAAGGGAACCAUGCCCUGAUCGAAUCAUCGACGACAUAGGCGGCGCAUUCGGCAUGGGAGCAGUCGGUGGCUCCGCCUUUCACUUCCUCAAAGGUCUCUACAACUCCCCCAAAGGUUCCCGCUUCGUCGGCGCUUCACAAGCCGUUCAUCUCAACGCUCCCCGUGUCGGAGGAAGCUUCGCUGUUUGGGGUGGUCUCUUCUCUUCCUUCGAUUGUACCAUGGUCUACCUUCGCCAAAAAGAAGACCCCUGGAACUCCAUCUUAGCCGGCGCCGCCACUGGUGGUUUCCUCUCCACGCGACAAGGGUUAGCUGCUUCAGCUCGAUCCGCCGCUUUUGGCGGUGUUCUUUUGGCUCUUAUUGAGGGAGCUGGAAUCAUGUUGAACAAGGUUUUUACUGCUCAGCAGCAAGAGCCUAUGAUUAUCGAUGAACAGUCACAAGGUUUCCCUAAACAGGCUCCGCCUCCGGUUGAUUCUGAAUCUAAACCGUGGUUCGGUGGUGGGUGGUUUGGGGAAGAUAAGAAGAAAGAUGAAAUUGUUUCCGCUGAUGGAAGUGAAACUAAGGUUUUGGAGAGUUUUGAUGCUCCUCCUGUUCCCAAUUUCGAGUACAAGUGAGAAAUUUGGAUUUCGUUAGUACUAAGUACUGAGAAUUAUGAACCAAAGAUCACAUUUUUAAUUAGGGUUUUCGGUUUGUUUUCUUGAAAGGGUUCGAUGUGAACCCUAUUGGCACGGAUAGGUUUAUUGUAAGUUUACUAUUUAUGUUACUGAUAUGCAAGAGAGAAUUUUAUGCUGUCUUAUGAUAUAUAUGUAAGAGAUAGUGAUGAUGACAUUGUUGGAUGAACUAAGCAGGUUAAUUGUUCACUGAAUUAUGUAGAUAUAUAAAUGUGUGGUGGUUAUAUUUGAUGGGAACUGGAAAUAGAAUUAGUACUCAAAUUUGAUUUGA